AUGGGGUGGUGGCCGCUUGCGCCUCUGCUCCUCCUUUUGGUGGGUAAAAUUGGCGCAGAAAUUCUAACUCCACCGUAUUUCAAUUUGGCUGAGGGCAAGGAAAUUAUCGCUUCGGCUACUUGCGGUGUUGACACAACCGGACCCGAGUUGUAUUGUAAACUUGUCGGCGCUAAUUCGGAUCAGCACGAGGAUAUCAAUCUCAUUCAGGGACAGGUGUGCGACUUCUGCGAUCCCUCGGUUCCGGAGAAAAAUCAUCCACCAGAGCAUGCUGUUGAUGGGAUGGAGACGUGGUGGCAGUCGCCGCCACUAUCACGGGGGAUGAAAUAUAACGAAGUCAAUUUGACGAUCAAUCUGGGACAGGAAUUCCACGUUGCCUACGUCUACAUCCGAAUGGGAAAUUCCCCCCGUCCGGGCCUCUGGGUCUUGGAGAAGUCAAAAGACUACGGGAAAACCUGGCAGCCCUGGCAAUACUUCUCCGAUUCCGAGGCGGACUGCAUCACUUAUUUCGGUGUAGACAGUCACACCCCCAUAACCCGAGACGACUCCGUAAUCUGCACAACAGAGUACUCUAAAAUCGUUCCCCUAGAGGGGGGAGAAAUCCCGAUUUCUAUCUUGAAUAACAGACCCUCAGCUUCCCAUUACUUCAAUUCCACUGUUUUGCAAGAAUGGACACGAGCGACAAAUGUGAGAUUUCGUUUCCUGAGGACGAAAAAUCUGUUGGGACAUUUGAUGUCAGUGGCGAGACAAGAUCCCACUGUUACGCGGAGGUACUUCUACUCGAUCAAAGAUAUCAGCAUCGGCGGAAGAUGCAUGUGCAACGGACACGCAGACACUUGUGACAUUCGCGAUCCGAAUCAACCGAAUAAGCUGGAAUGUAUAUGCCAGCAUAAUACGUAUGGGCCGCAAUGUGCCUCAUGUCUUCCCGGAUUUCAACAGAAGAAGUGGCGGCAGUCCACUGCAUUCCAUAAAUUCGUGUGCGAACCUUGCAAUUGCUUCGGACACUCUAACGACUGUCUCUAUAAUUCCACGAUUGACGAGCAGCGCUUGUCUCUGGACAUUCACGGGCUCUACGAAGGAGGUGGUGAGUGCAAAAACUGCCAGGACAAUACGGAGGGCAUAAAUUGCAACAAAUGUAAACCGAAGUUCUACAGGCCACGUGGAAAGCCUCUGAAUGCAACCGAUGUUUGUCAACCCUGCGACUGCGACCACUUCUACUCGACCGGCAACUGCGCGGAGUCCUCCGGCAAAUGUGAAUGCCGGAAGGAGUUCACCUCCCCAGACUGCGACUCGUGCGCGUACGGCUACUUCGGCUACCCAGACUGUCGUCGAUGCGACUGUUACCUGGGUGGCACCGACGGCUACCACUGCGAAGCCAUCGACGGUUACUGCCCCUGCAAGCCGAACUACGCCGGCCACUACUGCAAGCUCUGCGCCGAGGGUUACUACAACUUCCCCGAGUGCCUCCCCUGCGCCUGCAACCCGGUCGGCUCCUCCAACGACGUCUGCAACGUCCUGACGGGCAACUGCACCUGCAAGAACAACUUCCAGGGGCGGACCUGCGACGUCUGCGAGCACGGCUACUUCAACUACCCGCAGUGCAACUUCUGCAACUGCGACACGCGCGGCACGGAGGAGGGAAUUUGCAACAAGGACGACGGAAAAUGUCUCUGCCGAGAGGGUUACGGGGGUGCGCGCUGCGACCAAUGCGUCACCGGCUACUACGGCUACCCGAGCUGCCGCCCCUGCAACUGCAGCACCGUCGGCUCCUCGUCGACGAGCUGCGACGCCUCGGGCAAGUGCUCCUGCCUCGGCAACUUCGCAGGACGGACCUGCAGCCAGUGCAGUCCCGGCUACUUCAACUACCCGGACUGCGUCAGCUGCAACUGCGACUCGCACGGCUCGAUCGGCAUCUCCUGCGACAACGACGGCAAGUGCCAGUGCCAGGAGAACUUCGACGGCGACCAGUGCAGCGCCUGCAAAGAAGGUUUCUACAACUUCCCGAGAUGCGAGGGCUGCAACUGCGACCCCGCUGGCGUCGUCAAGUCCUUCAUGGGCUGCGGCUCCCUCCCAGCCGGUGAACUCUGCCAAUGCAAGUCCCAGGUGCAGGGGAGAAUCUGCAACCAGUGCAAACCGAUGUUCUGGAACCUCCAGCAGGGCAACCCCGAGGGCUGCGAGGACUGCAACUGCAACAUUCCCGGCGUCAUAGGCGGCAUCGGCGAGUGCGACCCCAGAACGGGGCAGUGCAUCUGCAAACCCGGAGUGACGAAUCGCGCCUGUUCGCAGUGUGUCGAUGGCACGUACAAUCUCGAGGGGUCAAAUCUGUUCGGCUGUUCAGUCUGCAACUGCGACAUCGGGGGGUCGAUCAGCUCGAUCUGCGACAAGCAGUCGGGCCAGUGCGCCUGCCAGCCGCGGGUCACCGGGCUGACCUGCAAGGAGCCCCUGAAGGCCCACUACUUCCCGACGCUCCACCAGUUCCAGUAUGAGGUCGAGGACGGAAGAACCCCGAGCAACAAUGCCGUCCGGUACGGCUACGCCGAGGACAGCUUCCCCGGGUACAGCUGGAAGGGUUACGCCGUCUUCUCGGACCUCCAGGACGAGAUAAUCCAGCGGGUUCACAUUCAGAAGUCCUCGCUCUACAGGAUGGUCCUCAGGUUCGUGAACAAGAACAGCGAGGCCGUCCUCGGGGAGAUAACCAUCACCCCCGACAGCCCCUCGGAGAUCGAGCAGAAAUUCAAGGUGCAGUUCAGACCCGCUGAUUACCCGGAGUUCGUCACGGUGGCUGGGGUUCACGGGAAUCAUCCAGCGGCGAUGGUGAUGAACCCCGGGUACUGGUCGAUCAGCAUCAGGACGGGGAAGAACCUGUUCUUGGACUACUUCGUCCUCCUGCCGGCUGAGUACUACGAGGCGACUCGCCUGACCCAAGACGUCGACGUCCCCUGCGAGAUUGGGCAGACGGGGCUGUGCCGACACUACGGAUAUCCCUCCGUUGCGCAGUUCGACUCGGUGCGAGGGGCCGGAGGGUUCGUCAACGAUAACGGAGUUAGGUUAUCGCUGAACGAGUACUUCAGCGAUCUGGAUGUCCUCCAGGAGAUGGGGCAGGACGAAAUACCGAUGAUCAGUGACAGCCAGAAGGCCAUUCACUUCGAACUCCGCGUGACCAAGCCUGGGGCGCACGUACUGCUGGUGACUUACGUCACCUACAGAGACGAGGAGUCGACUUCCGUUCUCAAUAUCGAAGCCAACACCGUGGGAAAGGGCAAGGUCACCCUCCACCCGUGCAAGUACACCAGCAUCUGUCGCCAAGUGGUGACAGAUCGUCUCGGCAAAGUCGCUGCCUACAGCUUCCCGACGAACUACGUCAGCAUCGUACUGAUUGGUGAGCCGGGCUCAAACGUGGCUAUUGACUCUGUCGUGGCUAUUCCGUACGAGCAAUGGUCCCUCGACUACGUCAAGCCGAAAUCAGUCUGCGUACGGAACAACGGAAAGUGCGUUCAAGGAAUGUUCCCGGGGGCUGCUGACGCCAAGAAAGUCGAGUUCGAGACGACUAACGAAGCUCAGGAUCUAGAUCCACGUCCCACGGGGAUCUACGACAGCGCCACCAAGCUGAUAUACCUCGGGGAUAGCGAGGCGGUCGUCAAUAUUGAGACCAAAGUGCCGAGUCCAGGGGACUACGUCUUCGUGAUCCAGUACUACCAGCCAGACCAUCCUGAGUUCGAAGUGGACGUCCUCAUCCAGAACGGCAAGUUCUACGAGGCCAAAGCCCCGGUGCCUCACUGUCCGAGUAACAGUGGCUGCAGGAGCAUCAUUCGCCAGCCGGACGGCAACUCCAAGUUCAAUCUGAUCGAGAAUGUCGUCCUGACCUUCCAGAACCCGAGGAACAACAUCUGGCUGGACUACAUCCUGAUUAUCCCAGCUGAGCAGUACGACGAAAAGGUCCUCAAGAAGAUUCAGUUCGACCAGACGAAGGAAUUCCUGAAGCGCUGUGGAAACAACCACUUCUACAUCAACACGACUGAGGAAGGCUUCUGCAGGGAUUCGAUCUUCUCGUUGACGGCGGACUACAACAGCGGAGCAUUGAACUGUGGGUGCUCCCUCGAGGGAACCACGAGCUUCGAGUGCGAGAAAUUCGGGGGUCAGUGCCCCUGCAAGCCGAACAUCAUAGGCCGCCGCUGUGACAUCUGCAAGACAGGUUUCUUCGGCUACCCGAACUGCAGGCCCUGCAACUGCCCCAGUACAGCCCUUUGCGAACCGGAGACGGGCGAGUGCAUCUGUCCGUCUAGAGUCACGGGCGAGCGCUGCGAUCGCUGCGAAGAGGGCACCUACGGCUUCCACCCGAUUAUCGGAUGUGAGGAGUGCAACUGCAGGCCCCACGGGGUCCUUAACGGCGAUCUCCAGUGCGACCUCCUCAACGGCACCUGCAGGUGCAAGGAGAACGUCGUCGGCCGUCAGUGCGACAAAUGCCGACCCGGCUACUCGCAAUUCCCCUACUGCGAGAAAUGCGACUGCGAUCUCAGAGGAACAACAGCGGACGUCUGCGACCAGUUCACAGCGGAGUGCCACUGCAAGACGAAUGUCCAGGGCUCCGCCUGUGACAUUUGCGCGGAGGGCACCUUCAAUCUGCAGCCAAACAACGAGGAAGGCUGCUCGAAGUGCUUCUGCUUUGGCAAGACGACUCGCUGCGUCUCAGCUAAUCUCUACAGAAGUCACACCUUCGACAUGGUCGACUGGGACAUCGCGCUGGUUAACGACAAGACCGGCGAGGUUACGAUACUGGAGGCAAGCCCUCAGGAGUACAACGAUACCGACAUCAUCAUCAAUCUGACCCAGAAUGAAACCUUCAACAACGUGAUCUACUUCUCAGCCCCUGCAAGCUACCUCGGCAAAAGGUUGACGUCCUACGGAGGAUUGCUGAACUACACGGUCCACUACAGCACCGGACCCUUCGGCAAAGCUGUCGCCGGUCCAGACGUCGUCCUCGUCGGGGCGGAGUCGGUCGUGUUCUACUACGGCGACGAGCAGCCCCCGUCGUUCACGAAUUUCCACGCGUCGGUGGAGCUGAUCGAGACGAAUUUCUUCACGACGAAGAGUCAGCAGGUCUCCCGGGAGCAGUUGUUGGUUCUCCUGGAGAACCUCAAGGGGAUAUACAUCAGGGGGACCUACUGGGAGGCGAGCAUCAAAGCCUCUCUGUCGGACGUGACUCUAGACACGAUCACCGACAGCUACAGUAAACACAGCGUUCUAGCCAAUAGCGUUGAACAAUGCCAGUGCCCCCCGAACUACCAGGGCCUCUCCUGCGAGGAGUGCGCCCCAGGAUACUACCGCGUGGAGUCCGGGCCGUACGGGGGCUCCUGCGUCAAGUGCCAGUGCAACGGCCACGCCGAGAUCUGUGACGUGAAGACUGGAGUCUGUCAUGACUGCAAGAACGGCACCACUGGCGAUCACUGUGAGCUCUGCGAGGAGGGCUACUACGGCAAUGCCACGAUGGGAACCCCCUCGGACUGCCUCAUCUGCGCUUGCCCCCUUCCGAUCCCCUCCAACAACUUCGCUACCAGCUGCGAGGUCAACGAGGCCGGCAACAAGAUCAGCUGUAGCUGCUUCCCAGGGUACUACGGGGCCCGCUGCGAGUCCUGCGCUGCCGGAUUCUACGGGGAUCCGAACAUCGAGGGGGACUUCUGCAAACCCUGCGAGUGCUCCGGGAACAUAGACACCAACGAGGUUGGCUCGUGCGACUCGAUCACCGGGGAGUGCCUCCACUGUCUGAACAACACGUACGGCGAGGCUUGUAAUCUCUGCGCUCCUGGGUUCUACGGAGACGCUGUGGAACGGAAGAACUGCCAGAGCUGCAGCUGCACGCAGUGUGGAAUGGACAAGUGCGACAGCUACACCGGACGUUGUCAAUGCAAGCCGAACGUCAUCGGAGAUUCCUGCGACAGGUGUGCUGUGGAUCAUUACGGAUUUGACUCCUGCAACGGAUGCCAGGCCUGCAACUGCGGGCUCGCUUCGGAGGUGAGCCAGUGCGACGAGGCCACCGGACAAUGCAAGUGUAAACCCGGAGUCACUGGGAGGCAGUGCGACAGGUGCAUCGCCGGGUACUGGAAUUAUGGGGCUGAGGGGUGCAGCUCCUGCGGGUGUAACACCGGGUACUCCAUCGGGGCAUCGUGUGACACCGCCACUGGCCAGUGCUCUUGCCUGCCGGGGGUCAUCGGGGAGAAGUGCGAUCACUGCCCCUUCAGGUGGGUCCUCAAGGAGGGGGACGGCUGUUACCAGUGCGACUCUUGUAUCCAUGACCUGCUCGACGUCACCGACGAACUGCAGUCGAUUCUGGCGCCCGUUGCUCAAGAGUUUAACACCGUCGCGGAGAGCUACUACACGAACCAGCGGUUGAAGUUCGUCAAUGAUACCGUCAAUGAACUCUACCCGAAGGUGCGUCUCCUAGACCCCGGCAGGAUCAACUUGACUCCGGUGCAGCAGGAGAUCGCGCGUCUCGAUCAGGACGUGUCGAAUCAGAAGCGGACAGUGGAGUACGCGGCCGAGACCAGCAAGCAUUGGAAGGAUGGGGCUGAGAACACCCUGAACGACAUGAACGCCUUGGAGUCCGACGUCAAGAAGGAGAUCCGCUUGGUUAAUAAAAUCAUAUCGGAAGUUCAAGCCCUCGCCACGAACAUUGCCUCGGGGGAUGGGGCGAAGAUAGACAGUGCGUUGAAGGAAGCUCAGGAAAUCUUGGCCAGAAUCCAGGGCGUCUCGUUCAUCGACUUCCGGGACAAGGCGACUGAUCAAUCCAUCAACGCGAAUGUCCUGGUGUCCGAGAUGAUGGAGUACAACAUGCCAGUGAGUGAUUUGAGCUCGUCGACGGCAUCACUGGGUGUUAAACUACGGAGUUUCGGAAACAAGCUUGACGACUUCAUCGACAACGCGGAUAAAGCGGAUGAGUUUGCGCGUUUAGCGAGGACAUUUAUCGACGAGAGUAAGAGGGUCACUGAACUGGGGAACUUCGAUAUGAUUAGAAACUCUACAGCGGAGACUGAGGACGAUGUCUCGGCUGGAGACAGACUGAAUCGAAAUGCGACUGAGAUCCUGGCUGACGCUGUUGUGACGUUUGAAUCUCUGGAUGACCUGGCGAGAAGACAGGACGAGGCUUUCUCGAGGCUCACUGAGACCCUCGACCACAACGACGAUGGCCUCUACGACAUUCUGGACACCGUGCAGAGGGCGACGGAUCACGCUGAGGACCUCCACAGGCUAUCCCUGGAGUUGGACGACGUUCUCACUGGGACCAGGAACACCAGCGCGGUGAGAGCAGUGUCUGCCUACAGGGACAUCGAGACAGCUAUUCAGGUGGCGAAGGAGGCUGCCAACGAGGCCGUCGAAGCGGCCAACAACGCGACCAAUCUGUCAACUGGAAUCGGCGCCAGAUCCAGGGACGCUUAUGACAAGUCCCGCGAGCUCAAUCUAUCUGCGGAGGAGGCUUUAGCCAAGACGGAGGGAAAACUCGAGGAGGACCUCGAUCAAGCGAAGCAAGACGCCAACGUAUUGUCCCGGACCAACCGAAGAAACGAGGAGACUCUCGACAGAAUCAACUCAACCCUGAGCAAUCUCCAGGUGCCCACGGAUUCUCUGAUUGAAGAUGCCACGCGAGAAGCUGAGGGGAUCGAGGAUCUGAUCCAACGGGUUCAAGACCACAUGAAGGACGUGGUGGGACGGGUGCCAGACGACCUCCAGAAAACUAAGAACUUAUCCAAAGACACGUCGGACUCGAUUCGCGACAUCUCCCAGGCGAAGAAGCAGUUGGAUUCUGUCAGCAAGGUCGUCCCCGACAUGUCCGAUCUCCUGAACAGACUCGGAGAGAAGCAGAGAGCGAUGGACAAAGCUGGGAGUGACUUGAAGGGGAAGAUUGAAGCUCUCAAAAUGAAGAUAGCUAACGCCAGAGAGUUGGCUGAUAGAUUCAAGACAGGAUUAACUUUCUACAGGAACACGACAUUGGAGCUGAAGAACCCGGAGAGCCUUCCCCUCCUGGCAACCUCCACAAAGCUUUCGGUGUACUUCAAGACGAAUAAGACGAAUGGAUUCCUGCUGUACCUCGGAAACGAGGCUCGUCCCACCACACCCCGUCAGAAGACUCACGACUUCCUCGCUCUGAUGAUCGAGUCUGGGUACCCUGUCCUGGUGAUCGACCUCGGUUCAGGCCCCGUCAAGAUAGUGAACAACAAAUUCGUCUCGGACAACGUCUGGCGGCAGAUAAUCGUCGACAGAACCGGGAAGAACGUCAAGCUGAUCGUGAGAGAAGACGUCGGGGGUAUCGAGAAGUACCAGGAAUUCGUCGAGGAGCAGGUGCUCAACGGCACCUACUCGAUCUUCGAUCUGGACCAGAAGACCUCGAAACUCUUCGUCGGGGGUUACGACUCGUCCUUCCAAAUGCAAGACGCGGUGACAGCCUCCUCCUUCGAGGGUGAAAUGGAGGAUCUCGUCGUUGGAGACGUGCCCGUCUCCUUCUGGAACUUCAAGAAAGGCGAGAACAACCGGCAGGUCGCGAUGGAGCGGGACAAACUCGUGGACUUCACCCCCGCGACUGGAUAUCGUUUUGACAGGAACGGCUACGCGAUCAUCGGAAUGAAGAACUCGAACAUCCGUUACGACUCGCAGAAGUCCGGGAUCAAGAUGCAGUUCAAGACCCUGAGCGAGGAUGGACUGAUGUUCCUCAUGGGCAAAGGAAAGCACUUCUUCGCGUUGGAGAUGAAGAAUGGCCGGAUCCUCUACCAAUUUAACCUGGGCGACGGUACGGUAUCGCUGAUGUCCCCCAAUAAGUACAACGACGGCCAGUGGCACGUGGUGGAGGCCAGGAGACUGGGUGGCGCUGGAGCCCUGGAUGUCGACGGUGUUCAUGCCGGUCAGAACGCGAGUGAAGGUGACAUGAAGGUCCUGGCAUCCACGGACCACGUGUACGUGGGAGGCUACCCCCCUCACAUCCGCCAUCAGCACAGAUCUGUCUCAAACGUCGGCUUCGAGGGCUGCAUCGACCAACUUUCCAUCCUGGAUACCCCAGUGGAUCUGACCAAGAACCUGCAGGCGUUCGGUGUGAUGCCCGGUUGUCCCACAAGGUUCGCAAGCCUAGUCUCCUUCGAGGAGGACGCGCCCGGGUACGUGCGGUGGUCCAACCUCUCAGCGGACGCCGCCCUCCAGAUAAACCUCAAAUUCAAAACCCUCGCGAGGGACGCCAUCAUCUUCUACGCGACGAACCCAGAGCAGACGACAAGCAGCGUCCUGAGACUGACAGACGGAGUGUUGACGUUCAGAAGUCACGGCGACGAGAUCCGAAGUAGUCAAGCUGGCAACAAGUUCAACGACAACGAGUGGCACGUGGUGACGGCCACCCACGACCCCGAGGCCCUUCGACUGGACAUCGAUGACGCCGAGAAUUACCAGUCUACGCAGUACCCGCCGCCCCUCAACAUCAAAUACGGCAAUCUAUAUAUCGGGGGGAUUCCCAACGCUGAGAGGGACUCGUUCAUUGGCUGCAUAGGUGACGCCACCGUCAACGGCGGGAUUAUAAACUUCGCUAACACGAAGGAGCGGCCGAAUGCGCUGUUGGACAAGUGUCUCGGGGGUGAGGGCUCGUCGGCGACGGUCACAGAACGACAGCCGGCUGUCUGGCCACCACCUCUGAUUACCGAUGUAGACGCUAUUACCAUGGCCAAUACCGAGGCGAAUAUUGUUCACGUGGAGAUCGAUCACACUGUGGAGCCCGAGAGGGAGGGCGAGGGCCGAGUGACGAUUCCCCCACCCACCGAGGAAGACCUGGAGGUCAUACCCACGAGACCUCCGGAGUCUGAUCAGUGCAGGCUCCCGUACGUACCGGAGAGCGAUCCUGACAGCGAGAAUGCCUUGAGGUUCGGCACAGCCAAGAACAGCAGGCUUGAGUACAGGUCCCUCAGCGGAACCUACAGGGAUGCCUACGACUUCCAGAUCGACCUCAAGACCAUGGCUGACGAGGGCAUCGUCUUCUACGCCUCGGAGCUGACGAGGAAGAGUUUCAUCGCCGUUUACGUUAUGAAUGGGAGGGUUCAUCACACUUUUGAUUGCAGCACCGGCCCCGCGCUGCUACAGAGCGAUGUCAAGAUCAAUGACAAUCAGUGGCACACGAUUGUCUUCAAGAGGAGAAAUAACUUUGGGGAGCUGAUUGUUGACGAUCAGCCCCCUGUUGCUGGGUACUCCCACGGGGAGGUCCAGACUUUGCAUGUUCAUCCGCCGUUUUAUGUGGGAGGGGUGCUUCCCGAACUGGCGGCUAGUGUUCACGAACAGAUUGGAAUCAAUAAGACAUUCAGUGGGUGCCUGGGCAACUUUAUGAUGAAUGGACAGUCACUGGGAGAUCCUGAGGAGAGGGUUGGGGUCAUUCGGUGCUCCAAACGCGUGGAGCCGGGAUUGUUCUUCUAUCCUGGCAAUGGCAGCAAUUUAUUCAGAGCACUGGAUAAGUUCACUGUUGGGAGGACAAUUGAUAUCCAGAUGGACAUAAAACCGAGGACCACAAGUGGUCAUUUAUUAUCAAUCCAUGGUAAACGCGAUUUUAUUCUCCUGGAAAUGGUGAAUGGCACCAUCAAGUUCCUGGUGAAAACUGGAAAGGGAAGUAUCGAGACUUCGUUCGAUCCGACGACUCCACAUUCUCUGUGCGACGGUCAUUGGCAUAACAUCAGAGCCGUGAAGCAGAGGAAUGCGGUGCUCCUCUCGGUGGACCACGCAGCAGCUCCGCCUGGCAUAGGGGCGAAGAACACAGCGGGGGUGCUGUCGAAACACCCCAUAUUCAUCGGAGGCCAUCCACUUCUGGGCAAACGACUGCGUGGCAGCACCUCGCAUGCCCAGUACGUUGGUUGCAUCAGAAAUAUCAUUAUAAAUAAUCAGGAUAUUCCACUCAAUCCAGAGCGGACUUAUGGGCACGUUAUCACUGGUGUUUGUCCCACCAUUUAAAAUUCUAUUUUAUACUGCAGAGAGGAAUAAAAAUUACUAUCCUAGCCAUUUUUAUUCUUACUAUUGUACUGUGGGAAAUAAUCUUAUUUCACACUGUCAGAACUGUUUCUUCAAAAAUUAACUCCUCACGACAACAAAAACAACGACGUGUCAUUUUUUGUAAUUAAUUUCACGAUGAUAAACACUCAGUGUAAUUUACCGUUUAAUUUUUAAUAGUUGUUUGAUUGAAAAAAUCAAUAAAUGUUCGUAUAUGUGUAGAAUUUUUUCUUUGCUAUUUUUUCUGUAGAAAAUUUCUAGGCAUGAAAGUGGAAAAUUUAUAUCUAUGAAUUUUCAUAGAACAAAUGUGAAGAGAAUAACUCAUGUGAUAAAUCAAUCCACAUUUUUCAUCAAAUAGUAGUUUUGUAAUCAAUUUUUAUGUGCGUUAUCAAUAGUUGUGAAGAGCUACUUCUUGAAGGUGAAUUGGAAUAAAUUAUGUAAGAAGAACUGUAUAAAAUUUUUAAACACAAAACAAAUGGAAAACUUUUUCAAGAAUAAAUCAUGAAAUCACUCGAUUUCAACUCAUUCA